GAAUGAUUAUCAGUACAAUUAAAUUAUUUUUAGCCUGGAUUAUAUAUAAUUUUUAUUAAGCUAAAAAUAACAAACAAUAUACACAAACACAAAUCUUAAAAGAUUCCUUUUUUUGUUUAAAAAAUUUACUCAUUUUUUUUUUGGAGUAUUUUGGAGUAUUUGGUUUAACAAGUGAAAUAAUAUUUAAAUUUGUUUAUUAUCAAUGUGAUAUAUUGUUUAAUGAUACAUUAUUCUGGAUACACAUAUUAGUGUAUAUAGUUAUUUUUAAAAAUACAUAUAGUGUAUGUGUGUUGUGUAUGUGUGUGGCUGGAUGGUUGCUGGAGCUGACCGGUUGACUCUUAAACUCCAAUCCAGAAGUUGAGAGUUGUGUAUAUAAAGAGAGUGUGCAUACCUGGUAUGCCAGUAAUAUAUUUUUUAUUUAUUUUUUUAUUUUUUCAUUCUCAUAAGUUUGUUUUUUAUCAUGUUAAAAUAAAUGAGAUGAUAAAUAUAAAAUUAUUAUCAUCAUAAAAAUAUAAAAGUGAAUUUGAAUAAUAUAUUUUUAAAAUUGAAAAUUUAGUGAAUUUUGUGUGAUAUAAUAAUCAUCACACUAAAAGAAAGUCAAAAAAUAAUGUUUGUGUUUGUUUUUAAAAAUACAUAUUUAUACAGAUGAUGAUGAUGAUGAUGUUGAUGAUGAGAAUGAAAAUGAUGAUUAUAGCUAAAAGAGAAAGAGUCGAGAGUGAAUUAUUAAAUAAUGAAAAAAAAAAAUUACAGUGAUAAUAUAUAUAAAAUUGGUUAUUAGUUUAUUUAAAAAUUUAGAAAAACAAAAUGCAAAGUGGUAGAUAGUAGUAAUUAAUUGAAGAUGGAGGAGGAAACAAGAAGAAGAAAAAGAUCAUCAUUAUCAUUAUUAAAAAUUGGUGGUGAUGGUGUUGGAUAUUUUUCAAUAUUAUUUGUAUUUUUAAUUGGUAUAUUAUCAGCAAAUAGUAAUGUAAAAUCUGAAAUAAUAAAAUAUCUUGAAAUAUCAGAAAAUACACCACCAGGUAGUAGAAUUGGUUUUAUUGAUGCUGAUAAUCCACCAUAUUUAAUAGUACCAGUACCAGGUUCACCAGUAACAACUGAUUUAACUGUUGAUCCUGGUACAGGUGAAAUACGUACAAAAGUACAAUUAGAUAGAGAAACAACACCAUCAUAUAGUCUUGUUGCUUUAACACAAAAUAUUAGAAUAGUCAUUAAAAUACUUGAUGAAAAUGAUAAUGCACCAAUAUUUCCAGUUGAUAAUAUUAUUAUUGAAUAUCCAGAAAAUUCACCACGUGAUUCAAAACGUGCAUUACCACCAGCAAAAGAUCCAGAUCUUGGACAAUAUUCAACUCAAAAAUAUGAAAUAAUAAAUGGUAAUAAUGAUAAUUUAUUUAAAUUAUCACAACAUCGUGGUAGAGAUGGUGUAUUAUAUGUUGAUUUACAAAAUUCUGGACAACUUGAUCGUGAAUUAUGUUCAUUUUAUAAAUUAUUAAUUGAAGCAAAUGAUGGUGGUAUACCAUCAUUACGUUCACAAUUAAAUGUUACAAUAAUAAUACAAGAUGUCAAUGAUAAUCCACCAGUAUUUAAUCAAACAAGAUAUACAGCAAGUAUUGCAGAAAAUGCAACAAUUGGUACAUCUGUAUUACAAGUUAAUGCAAGUGAUGCUGAUAUUGGUAUUAAUGGUGAUAUUGAAUAUUCAAUAAAUCGUCGUCAAAGUGAUCGUGAUGAAAUGUUUAAAAUAAAUACAAAAACUGGUAUGAUUUAUGUUAAUAAACAACUUGAUUUUGAAACAAAAGAAAAUCAUGAACUUGUUAUUGUUGCACGUGAUUUAGGUAUACAACCAUUAGAAACAAGUGUUUUUUUAACAGUAUAUGUACAAGAUGUUAAUGAUAAUCAACCAAUGAUUAAUGUUAUAUUUUUAACUGAUGAUGCAACACCAAAAAUAAGUGAAUCAGCACAACCUGGUGAAUUUAUAGCACGUAUAUCAAUAAGUGAUCCAGAUUCACGUAAUGAAUAUUCAAAUGCAACUGUAACAUUAAAUGGUGGUGAUGGUAAUUUUGGUUUAGCAACACGUGAUAAUAUAAUAUAUCUUGUUGUUGUUGAACGUAAACUUGAUCGUGAAUAUAAAUCAAUAUAUAAUUUAUCUGUUGAAGCAACUGAUACUGGUACACCACCAUUACGUGCAAUACGUACAUUUAAAUUAAUAAUAACUGAUGUUAAUGAUAAUUCACCAAUAUUUAAUGAACAACAAUAUGUUGGACAUAUUUAUGAAACAUCAGAACCAGGUACUGAAGUAACACGUGUUAAAGCAACUGAUUUAGAUGAUGAUAAUAAUUCAAUUAUUAAAUAUUCAUUAAAAAAUACAACAUCAUCUGAAUCAUUUAAUAUUGAUGAAAAUAGUGGUAUUAUAACAACAAAUAGUCAUAUUAAUUGUGAUAAUGAUCCAACACCAAUACUUGUUGUUGUUGCAAGUGAUAUGGGUAAACCAUCAUUGAGUUCAAGUGCUAUUGUUAAAAUAACAAUAUAUGAUCUCAAUGAUAAUGAGCCAAUAUUUGAUAAACCAUUGUACAAUGUUACUGUUGCUGAGGAUUUACCAAUUGGCCAUUGCUUUCUCAAGGUACAUGCAACUGAUCCAGACUGUGGUGUUAAUUCAAUAGUUAAUUAUACACUUGCACAAUCAACUGGUAAAUUAUCAAAUGAACAAUUACUUGUACGUAGUGAUACAGGUGAAAUAUGUGUUAAAUCAUCAUUGGAUUAUGAACUAUCAGCUUACCUGGAAUUAUCAGUUGUUGCAACAGACAGAGGUGGUUUAAGUUCAAUUGCAAUUGUUAGAAUUCAUAUAACAGAUGUCAAUGAUAAUCAUCCAAUAUUUAAUCCAUUAAUUUACAAUACAACAAUAAACAUUGAUGACACAAGUUUACAAAAUGAAAUAAUAUUAAAAUUAAUUGCAACUGAUAAUGAUGAUAAUUCAUUUGGUAAAGUAUCAUACAGAAUAACAAGUGGUAAUGAUAAUGGAAUAUUUAAAAUUGAUAAUGAUGGACAGCUACAAAUAGCACGUAAUAAUUAUCAAAAUUAUUUUUUAAAAUCAACAAUUUAUCAAUUAAAUAUAACGGCAGUUGAUGGUCAUGGUUUAAAAUCAAAUUACGAUGCAACAGCAUAUAUAACUGUAUCAAAAAAAUUAAAAAUUAAUAAUGGACAAUAUUCAAUACCACUAUGUCAAAAAUCAAGAUACAAUAUUCCAGUUAAGGAAAAUAUUUUACAAAAUAGUAUCAUUGGAAAUGUCAAAGAAAAAUUAUCAACUGAAUCAUCAUUAUUUGGUAAACAAAAUUCACGUUUUUUUCUUGCAACUGGUGAUAAUGAAUUUUCAAUUGAUUCAAAUACUGGUAUUAUUAGAACAAAAAUAACAUUUGAUAGAGAAUUAAUUGAUCAUUAUAUACUUAGUAUUGGAUUGAAAAAUGAUUAUGGUAUUGGUUAUUGUCAGGUUGAAAUAAGUAUUGAAGAUGUUAAUGAUAAUUUACCAUUAUUUAAAAAUUCAAAAGUACGUAUAUCAAUACCUGAAUCACAAGCACUUGAUACACCAAUAUAUGUUGCACAUGCAACUGAUCCAGAUAUAACACCAUCAGUACCAAUACGUUAUAUUGUUGGACAAGAAAGUAGUAAUGAUUUAUUUGGUAUUGAUGCACAUCAUGGUGAUAUUUAUUUAUUACGUAAACUUGAUUAUGAAACACAACAACGACAUAUGUUAUUUAUAAGUGCAAUUGAUGGUGGUGGUUUAACAUCAAAUCAAACAAUAACAAUUGAAGUACAAGAUGUCAAUGAUAAUCCACCAGUAUUUGAAAGAAAUGAAUACAGUGUUGAUUUAUCAGAAGGCACAAAAAUUAAUUCAUUAAUAUUACAAGUAACAGCACUUGAUCUUGAUACUGGUAAUAAUGCUAGAAUAAGUUAUCGUCUUCAUGGUUCAUUAUAUUUUCGUAUUAAUUCAAAUAAUGGAUCAAUAUAUUUAACAAAAUCAUUAGAUCGUGAAACAAUGAAUUAUUAUAAAUUAACAAUUUAUGCAUCUGAUAAUGGUAGUCCUGCAGCAACAGCAACGACAAUUGUUAAUAUAAAUAUUAUUGAUGAAAAUGAUAAUAGUCCAAUAUUUGAUAAAGAAUAUUAUACAUUUGAUUUACAAGAAAAUUUACCAUCAGGUACAAUAAUUGGUUGUGUAUCAGCAAAUGAUAAUGAUAUUGGUAAAAAUUCAUUAUUAAAAUAUACAAUUGUACAACAAAAUAGUAGUUUUAUUAUUGAUAGUGAUACUGGUAUAAUUAAAACACGUGAAUCAUUAGAUCGUGAAGAAAAAAAUAUACAUGAUAUUAUACUUGAAGCUAAAGAUCAAGGUAUACCAUCAAAAACAACACGUGUUAAUUUACGUAUUAAUGUAUUAGAUGUUAAUGAUAAUUCACCAGAUAUUAUUGAUCCACAAGGUAAUAUUGUAUCAGUUAGAGAAGAACAACCAAUUGGUACUGAAGUUGCACGUGUACGUGCUAUUGAUAAUGAUUAUGGUGAAAAUGGUACAAUAACAUAUAGUAUAUUAAAAGAUCGUGAUUCAAAUGGUUGGAAUGUAUUUACAAUUGAUUCAAUAACUGGUAUAAUACGUACAAAAUUAAUACUUGAUCAUGAAGAACAUAAUGUUUAUCGUGUAUCUGUACAAGCAAGUGAUAAUGGUAAUCCAAUAAAAACAAGUGUACGUGCAUUUAGAGUUGAAGUACUUGGACUUGCUGAUAAUCGUCCAACAUUUACAAGUACAAGUUUAACAUUUCAUGUUAAUGAAGAUGCAUAUAUUGGUAAAUCAAUUGGUUUAUUAUCUGAUACUGGAUCAAUUGGUCAUGUAUCAUAUACACUUGAUUUACUAACACCUAAAAAAUCACCACUUGUCACUAGCAAUGAACAAUAUCCAGCAUUUGAUGUUGAUACAAGUACUGGACAACUUGUUGUUGCACAUACACUUGAUCGUGAAUAUAUUAAUGAAUAUCAAUUAAAAAUACGUGCACUUGAUACAACAUCAAUUGGUAAUCCACAAAGUAUUGCUGUAUCUGUUAAAAUUAUUAUUGAUGAUGUCAAUGAUAAUUAUCCAAUAUGGCAAAAUGAUCCAAUUAUUAUUUAUGUCAAUGAAAAUACAUUAAUUGGUACAAUUAUUUAUAAUUCAACGGCAAUUGAUAUUGAUAGUGGUGAAAAUGGUGAAUUAAGAUAUGAAUUAAUUAAUGAAUUACCAUCAAAUGAUAGUUUUAUGAUUGAUUCAUUAACUGGUGCAUUAAUUGUCAUUAAAACAAUUGAUCGUGAAGAUAUUGAUGAAUAUACACUUAUAUUACGUGCAUAUGAUUGUCCAUUAAUGUCAAAUAAAAGAUUAUCAUCAACAGUUACUGUUAAAAUUAUUGUUAUUGAUGAAAAUGAUAAUAAUCCGUAUUUUGUAACAACACAAAAUAAUAAAAUAUCUUUAAAUGAAGGUACAUUACCUGGUACUGAUAUUUUUCGGGUUAUUGCAUUGGAUAAUGAUGCUGGUGAUAAUGGACGUGUUACAUAUGUCAUAACAUCUGGUAAUGAUGAUUCAAAAUUAUCAAUUGAUUAUGAUAGUGGUUUAAUAACAUUAAUUAAACCAAUUAUUAGUGAUACUAUUAUUGAAGUAACAGCUAGUGAUCAUGGUAUACCAGCAAGACAUACUAAAAUUAAGCUAACAAUUACAAUUAUUAAUGGACAAAUUAAUGGACCACCAAGAUUACUUAUUAAUAAUCCAAUUGUUAAAGUAUCAGAGUAUUUAACAAUUGGUGGAUCAAUUGCAAAUGUAGCUGCAGGUGUCAUCAAUGAUCAUGUUAAUGUUAGCUUUCAUGUAUCACCAGCGUACACUGAUAAAUUUACCAUAUCAUCAAAUGGAUUGGUUACACUUGUUGCACCACUUGACCGUGAAAAAAUAUCUUAUUAUGAUGUACCAAUUAUUGCUAAAUCAAGCAAGCUACAUGAUCAAACAAUUCUUAAAAUUCAAGUUGAUGAUGAAAAUGAUAAUUCACCACAAUUUCAUCCAGGCUCUUGUUAUACACUUGUUGUACCAGAAAAUCAAGAUUCAGCUGUUAUUCAUGCAAUCACUGCUUUUGAUAUUGAUGAUGGUAAAAAUGGUGAUAUUAGCUACAACAUUGUUGGUGGUAAUAUUGGUAGAAAAUUUAAACUUGAUUCAAAAAGUGGUGAAUUAUCAUCAUCAAAUUUAGAUCGUGAAUCACAAUCAACUUAUGUAUUAUCAAUAUCAGCCAAGGAUAAUGGUCGUCCAAGUUUAGAAGCACGUUGUAAUAUAACAAUACGUGUUAUUGAUGUUAAUGAUAAUUCUCCAAUGUUUACUGAAUCAUCACAACAUAAUCCAUCAACAAAUGAUUAUCCUUCAUUUACUAGUCAUUAUGAUAAUUUCAAUUACAUGUCUGGUAAAUACACAGCAACAAUAAGUGAAAAUUUACCAACUGAUUCAUCUGUUAUGACAAUUCGUGCUGUUGAUCCAGAUCAAGGUGUUAAUGGAAAAAUAACAUACUCAAUAUUUAAUGAAAUUAAUUGGCAUUUUAGAAUUGACAAUUUAACUGGUGUCAUAACAACUGCUGGUCCACUGGAUCGUGAACGUCAAGAAACAUAUAAUUUUUUAGUUAUUGCAACUGACGGUGGUUUAUACAAUGUUAAAAAUUCAACGAUACCUGUUGAAAUAAAUUUAACAGAUGUUAAUGAUAAUUCACCAAUAUUUAUUGAUACACCAUUACGUAAAAUAAUAUCACCAUCAACACAACCUGGACACAGUAUUAUGACAAUAAAAGCAUAUGAUUCUGAUAUUGGUAAUAAUGGUGAAAUAAUAUAUUCAUUAUCAUCAUCAAAUGAUAAUGAACAAUCAAAAUUUCGAAUUAAUCCAAAUACUGGUGUAUUGACAACGACAAAUUCACUAACUCAAGAUUAUGAUAAAAUUUAUAAUAUUGAAAUUAUUGCUCGUGAUAAGGGUAAUCCAUCAUUGAGUAAAAGUAAUUUUAUUGAAUUAAUUAUAACAGAUAAUGAUAAUUAUUUAAAAAUGUUAAAAUUUCAAAAUGAUACAUAUAAUAUUAUUGUACAAGAAAAUUCACCAAUUGGAAUGGAAAUAAUAAAAGUUAAUGCUGUUAGAUCUGAUGGUAGACGUCAAAAAAUUUUAUAUUCAAUAUGUUCAGGUAAUGAUUAUGAUACAUUUAUUAUUGAUGAAGAAACUGGUACUGUUAAAAUAAAUGAUCCAACAAAACUUGAUGCUGAAAUUGAAAAUAAUUAUAUUGAUAAUGAAAAUAUAUUAAAUGAUAAUUUAUUACAAGAUAAUAAUCAAGAAUUAAUAAAUAAUAUUAAUGUUUUAAAAAAUGAAAAAACAAAACGUGUAUUAACACUUGUUGCUAAAACAACUGGUACUGAGCCAUUAAUGGCAUAUGCUAAAUUAAUAAUUUAUAUAUCAGAUGUUAAUGAUAAUCCACCAAUAUUUACACAAACCCAAUAUUCAGCAACAAUUGCUGAAGGUAAUACAAAAGAUAAUUUUGUUGUUAAAUUAACAGCAAAUGAUGCUGAUCAAGGUAUUAAUAGUAAAAUAUUAUAUCAUAUUGUUGAUGGUAAUCCAGAUAAUGCAUUUACAAUAAGUCCACCAUACAGUGGUAUUGUCAGAACAAAUAUUGUACUUGAUCGUGAAAUAAGAGAUAAAUAUAGAUUAACAAUUAUUGCAACUGAUCAGGGUAAUCCACAAUUAACUGGUACUGCUGCAUUGAGUAUUAGAGUUAUUGAUGUCAAUGAUAAUCAACCAACAUUUCCUGUUCACAAUGUUAUAUCAGUAUCUGAAGGUACAACUGUUGGUAGUGUAUUGACAACAAUAACAGCAAAUGAUGUUGAUAGUUCACCAGCAUUAAUUUAUACAAUUGGUAAUGUCAAUGAUUUUGGUCCAUUUAGUAUUGAUAGAUAUGGUGGUAAAGUAACAUUAACUGGUCCUCUUGAUGCUGAAAAACAAAAUGAAUAUACACUUAAAAUAAUUGCAAGUGAUUCAAUUCAUCAAGUUACAACUGAUUUGAUUAUUCGUGUUAAUGAUGUCAAUGAUAAUAUUCCAAGAUUUAAUCAAGCUAUUUAUAUGGCAACACUUGCAGAUGGCUGGAGUGAAAAUAUUGGCAGUGGUAGUGUUGCUGAUCUUCAAGAAGUCAUUAUUGUAAAUGCAACAGACAAUGAUAUUCUCGAGGAAAAUAAUAAAAUUAAUUAUCAUCUACAAUAUUCAGUUAAAGGAUUUACAAUUGACUCAUUGACUGGUGCAAUAAUGGUUAAUAGAACAGCACUUGUUCGUCCAUUGCCAAAAGAAAUUGAAUUAAUUAUUAUUGCAAAAGAUACUGGUAAAGUAUCAUUACACAGUACAUGUCUAGUUAUUGUAAGACUUAAUCAACUUGAGUAUUCAUCAUUAACAAGUAAAGAAUUUAAAAUAAAUAUCAAUGAAAAUAUAAAACGUGGAACAACAAUUAUUAAAUUAAAUGAUAUUGGAUUAUUGGAUGGUACAAUAAUAUCAAAUGGAAAUAAUAAUAAUGAUACAUUUGAAAUAUUCCAAGAUAAUUUAAUUGUCAUUAAAAAUUUAGAUCGUGAAAAGAAAGAUAAAUAUUUAAUUCAGCUUGGAUCUAAAAAUGAUAAAUCAUCAAUGUUGAAUGAUGGAAUAUUAAUAACUGAGGAUAAUGUUAUUGUUACAAUAAUAAUUAAUGAUAUUAAUGAUAAUUAUCCAAUAUUUUCUGAUGAUAUUAAUGAGCUUAGUAUUAAAGAAGAUACACCAAUUGAUAGUUUAUUAAUAAAAAUAAAUGCAACUGAUAAUGAUUGUCCAGAUACAUUAGCAUCAAAAAUAACAUAUAAUAUAACAUCUGGUAAUGAUGCAGGAUUAUUUAAAAUUGAUAAAACAAAUGGUGAAUUGAGAAUUAAUUCAACACUUGAUUGUGAUUUAAUGCCUGAUAGUUAUAGUAUUGUUAUAACUGCUUGUGAUAAUGAUAAAAAAAUACAAUUAUGUACAAUGAAAAAAUUGAAUAUUCAUAUUGAUGAUGUUAAUGAUAAUUCACCUAAAUUUCCAGUUAUUGAAUAUGUUGAAUUUGUUGGUGAAAAUGAGCCAAUUGGUACACGUGUUGUUUCAGCAAGAGCAUAUGAUAUUGAUCGUGGUGUAUUUGGUAAUUUAAAUUAUACAAUAUUAUCAGCAUCAGAUCCAACAAUGAUUGUUAAUGAUUUUGCUGUAACAGAUGAUAGCUGGAAAUUAUUUAAAAUUGAUAAAAAUAAUGGUUUAAUAACAACAAAUGUUAUAUUUGAUUAUGAACAAAGAAAUCGUUAUGCAUUUUUAAUACGUGCAACAGAUUAUGGUGGUAAAUAUACACAAAUUAAUGUUAAAAUUGAAAUUGAUUCACGUGAUGAAUUUUAUCCACAAUUUACUGAACGUAUGUAUAGAUUUUUAUUAAGUGAUGGUGUACAAACAAAAAUUGGUACAAUAAUUGGUUACGUUAGAGCAACUGAUCGUGAUAAAGGACCAGAUGGACGUGUUGUUUAUCAAUUAUCAUCACAACAUACAUAUUUAAAAUUAAAUCGUACAACUGGUGCAUUAAUUAUUAAAAAGAAAUUAAAUUAUGAUAUUAUUGAAGAUUGUUCACGGCUAAUUGUCAGUGCAAGUUCUGGUAGACAAGGUUCAUUAUCAAAUAUGACUGUUGUUGAAGUACGUCUUGUUGAAAGUAAUAGUAAUGAUAUUUAUGAUGCAAAUUCAUUAUCAGCUAGUGAUAAUUAUAAAAAAAAUAUGACUAUUGAAACAUCAUCAAGUUUUGCAAAUUGGACUGUUGGUUUAUUAUUGUCAUUGCUAUUAAUAAUAUUAGUUAUGUGUGGUAUUUAUUAUGUUUAUUUAAAUAAUCGUAAAUAUAAUAAAUCAAAUAGUAAUAAUAAUAAUCAUCAUCAUCAUAAUCAUAAUAAUAAAAGUAGUUUAACUGGUGAUUGUAAUAAUCAAACAUCAUCAAAUAGUUAUGUUGAUCCAAGUGCCUUUGAUACAAUACCAAUUAGAAAUAUUAAUAGUAAUAAUAAUAACAAUAAUAAUAAUAGUAAUAUCAAUAAUAAUAGUAAUAAUAAUAACAAUAUUAUUAAUAGUAAUUGUUUAUUACCAAGUAGUAGUGUUACAACAUCAAAUGGUUGUAGCACUAACACAUUUACAACAAAUUUACCACCAAAAUAUGAUGAAAUACCAGCAUAUAGUACAUCAAGAAGUUCAACAAAUGGUGGUGUAUCAUCACGUCGUCAUGAACAACAACAACAACAACGACGUCAUCAUCAUCCAACAUCUGAUUUAUCAGAAAGUGAACAAUCUGGUUCAUCUGGACGUGGUUCAGCUGAGGAUGAUGGUGAUGAUGAAGAAAUACGUAUGAUUAAUGAAGGUGGACAAACAACUGGUGAUUCAUCAAGUGAUUUAUCUGUUAAUAAUACACAAGAAUAUUUAGCUAGACUUGGUAUUGUUGAUAAUAUAUCAUCAAGUGUUUGUACACCACGUAGACCACAAGAAGCAUUACCAAUUGAUAAUAUACAUUUAUUUGAUGAUGUUAAUGAUGUUGGUGAUGCUGAUAUAACAACACUUAUUUAUGGUAAAAUUAAUUGUGAUAAUAAUAAUACACAUUUAACAUCAGAAAUUGAUUCAAUUGGACAAGGUGGUCCAUCAAUGAAUGGUUCAUUAAGUUCAAUUGUACAUAGUGAAGAAGAACUAGCUGGUUCAUAUAAUUGGGAUUAUUUACUUGAUUGGGGACCACAAUAUCAACCACUUGCUCAUGUAUUUGGUGAAAUAGCUAGACUUAAAGAUGAUAAUGCUAGUAUUAAAAGUGGUGUAUCAAAUAAUAGUACUAGAUUAAAAAAAUCAUUACAUAAUAAACCACCACCACCACCAUUAUUAACAUCAGUUGCACCACGUUUAUUAGCAGCACCAGCAUUAGCACGUGGUAUAUUACCAAGAUCACCAAUUAGUCAUGAUACAUCAUUGUAUCCAUCAGCAGCAUUAAGUCCAAGUUUUUCACCAUCAUUAUCACCACUUGCAACAAAAGUAUCACCUAGUAUUAGUCCACUAGUACCACCAACACCAACACAAAGAAUUCAUACAAGUGGUAGACUUCCAACAGCUGUUGUUGUCAAUUCUGACAAUCAAAUAAGAAUUUAAUAUUAUUUAUAUAUUAUUUAUUAUUUUAAUAAUAACAAUUUUUUUUUUAUCAAAUUAAUUUUUUUUUUUUU